AUGUAUUUGAAGCGAGAUUGGAAGAUUGGAAGCCGAUACUCAAUCGAAAAGAUUGUGGGUAAUGGGAGUUAUGGAGAAGUGGCAAAGGCUUACGACCAUCAGACAAAGGAAUAUGUGGUAGCAAUCAAGCGAAUACCCAACUUAUUUAUGGAUAAUCAGGACACAAAACGGAUCCUUCGCGAAAUCUAUAUUCUUCGUCAUCUUGAUAGUUCCUUUGUUGUGGGUUUGAAGAAUGUAUUUCCAUCGCCCAACUUUAAUACGGAUAAAACAAUGUACGUGCUGUUCAGCUCUUUCUCUCGUAGAUAUGUCGUAAUGGAUUAUAUGAUAACAGAUCUCUAUAAGGUGAUUUCCAGUCCCCAAUUUUUUGAGAUCGAUCAUGUUCGCUAUAUAUUGUAUCAAAUUCUUUGUGGCAUGCUUUAUAUCCACUCGGCUGGUGUGAUCCAUCGCGACAUAAAGCCCGCAAACAUCCUUCUAAACGAGGAUGUCUCAGUGAAGAUCUGCGACUUUGGCUUGGCACGGGAGAUUGUUUCCCUUCCGCAUACGCAUCCCAAGGCCCCCUCUACUGGACGAGAGUCUUCCAGUAGCUUCCAAUCAUCUCGUUGUAACCUAAGUUUAAGUACAGUGAAUACUGAAAGUCAUGGAGAUGCUCCAUCUCCGGUUUCAAUCAAACGAACAAUGACAAGGCAUGUCGUGACACGCUAUUAUCGAUCUCCCGAGCUAUUGGUCAUUGGGGACUACACGAAGAGUGUGGAUAUUUGGUCAGUUGGUUGCAUUACUGCUGAACUUCUUCAGAUGCUUCAAGAAAACGAGCCUGAUUAUCGGAAUCGCCAUCCUUUGUUUCCUGGAAAGUAUUCUUCGUUGAGUCCUCGAUGGAGCAAGUCGCCUCUCUCCUAUCAGGACAAUCUCAAUAUCGAAUUAAAAGAAGACGAUCAGAUUUGUGUGGUCUGCGACGCGCUGGGAAGGCCGCCGCGGCGUUUUCUAGAUCGCAUUCCGUAUGAGCAUGUUCGGGAGCAGUUGGAGAAGUACAAGGAGAAGAAAAUCGACUGGAACCAGUACUUCCGAUUUAUCCCGAGUGAGCUUUCCGAUCUACUGAAUCAUAUGCUGGUAGGGGAGAGGAAUGGAGUAGACAUGUAG